UGUAUGUAUAGCUCAUCUCAAUGUCUCCAACCGCCAAAAAGAUAGAAAAGGCAAAUCUUUUUUCUCCAAACUCUCUCGCCAUUUUGAAAUUUCCCCGUUUCUGCGAUUCGGGUUCAUCAGAUUCUGAAGCCUCGCGUUCGAAUUCGAUUAGGGUCCGGCGAGCGGGUGAGAAAAGGUUUCGUCUUUGGGGGUUCUUGUGAAAUGGCGGGGAUUUGAAGGAGGAAGAAGAAGGUUUGAGUUGGGACUCAUAGAGAUUUUUUAGGGUUUCUGGAUCCGGCGGCGUAGCGGCGGAGAUGAGCGCGUCGAGAUUCAUAAAGUGUGUCACCGUCGGCGAUGGUGCUGUCGGAAAAACCUGCAUGCUGAUUUCUUACACCAGCAACACUUUUCCCACGGACUAUGUUCCAACUGUUUUCGACAACUUCAGUGCAAAUGUGGUGGUUGAUGGGAACACAGUCAAUCUUGGAUUGUGGGAUACUGCUGGUCAGGAAGACUACAACAGGCUACGGCCAUUGAGUUACCGUGGUGCGGAUGUAUUCAUUCUUGCUUUCUCACUUAUUAGCAAGGCCAGUUAUGAGAACGUUGCCAAGAAGUGGAUCCCCGAGCUCAGGCAUUAUGCUCCUGGCGUUCCAAUUAUUCUCGUUGGAACAAAACUUGAUCUUCGAGAUGACAAACAGUUCUUCAUAGACCAUCCUGGUGCGGUGCCGAUUACUACAAACCAGGGUGAAGAACUAAGGAAACUGAUUGGGGCUCCAGUCUACAUUGAAUGCAGUUCAAAAACUCAGCAGAACGUGAAGGCCGUGUUUGACGCCGCCAUUAAAGUUGUGCUUCAACCUCCUAAGCAGAAGAAGAAGAAAAAGAACAAGAACCGAUGCUCGUUCUUGUGAUCACUUGAAAAAAACAUAUAGGUAAAAGAAGAAGAAACAAAAUCUGAAAAAAAGUUGGCAUGAAUUCAGAAACCUCUUCUCUUGGCUGUUCAUCACGUACCCUGUUUACUUAUUAUCAUCGGCCCAGCGUUUUGUAUAGCUUGCUCGUUUUUUUUCUUCAACUCUUGUUGGUGGUGAAGCUGAUUUCCAGGGGUUUAGUGAGUUUGAGCAUUUUAUAACCUCAGAGAUAAAAGGAAGAAGGAUGAAAUACUUGGUUAUGUAGACUAAUCUUCUUUUCAUUGUUGCUGGGGAUUUGUUUUGUAUUCGGCAGGUGAUUAUUUCCAUUGUAAUAUUGCCGUUUUAAGCUAUGAUUUGGAUAAUAUGAAAUUGCUUCUGGAUGGACU